AGAGAGCCAUUUCAGGGGGUGGGUUGGCUUUUCCAUGUACAGGCCUAUAUAUACAGCUUACCUGAGCAGAACUGGUGCAACCCAUUUCAUUUAUUUUUUCCUGAGGUGGGUUGAUAGCUUGUUGAGAGCAGCAAGCAAAAAUGGUGGUCUUGGUAGUGGUUUUGGGAGUGGUUUUGGGUCUGUGUGUAUGCACUGGCCUCCUCAGGUGGAAUGAGGUGAGGUACAGGAAGAAGGGUCUGCCUCCGGGGACUAUGGGCUGGCCAGUUUUUGGUGAAACUACAGAGUUCUUGAAGCAAGGCCCAAGCUUCAUGAAAAACCAAAGAGCAAGAUAUGGGAAUUUGUUCAAGUCCCACAUCUUGGGCUGCCCCACUGUCGUUUCUAUGGACCCGGAGCUGAACAGAUACAUUCUCAUGAAUGAAGGGAAAGGCCUUGUUCCAGGCUACCCGCAGUCUAUGUUAGAUAUCUUAGGAAAAUGCAACAUAGCUGCUGUUCAUGGCUCCCUUCACAAAACCAUGAGAGGGGCUAUGCUUACUCUCAUCUCCCCUACCAUGAUUAGAGAUCAACUUCUUCCAAAGAUCGAUGGAUUUAUGCGCUCUCACCUUAGCAACUGGGGCGGCCAAAUCAUCAACAUCCAAGAAAAAACCAAAGAGAUGGCGCUGCUCUCAUCACUGAAACAGAUUGGUAUCAAAUCCAGUUCAAUAUCCGAAGCCUUCACCCCGGAAUUCUAUAAACUGGUAUUAGGAACUCUGUCAUUGCCCAUCAACCUUCCAGGCACAAAUUACCGCUGUGCAUUCAAGGCAAGAAAGAAAAUCACAAGCAUUUUGAGAGAAAUCAUAGAAGAAAGAAGAGCUCUUCGAUGUACCCAAAAUGACAUGCUCGAUACCUUACUGAAAAUUGAUGACAGCUCAAGAUACACACUCACCGAUGAAGAGAUCAUUGAUCUAAUCAUUACACUUCUAUAUUCAGGCUAUGAGACUGUUUCGACGACUUCAAUGAUGACUGUCAAGUAUCUCCAUGAUCACCCAAGCGCGCUCGAAGAACUGAGGAAAGAACAUUUGGAGAUCAGAAAAGGCAAGGCACCUGAGGAGGCAAUUGACUGGAACGACUACAAAUCCAUGAGCUUCACUCGUGCGGUGAUCUUGGAGACCAUGAGAAUAGCUACAAUUGUCAAUGGGGUGUUGAGGAAAACUACCGAAGAAAUGGAAAUGAAAGGAUAUGUGAUUCCAAAAGGGUGGAAAAUCUAUGUUUAUACGAGGGAGAUUAACUACGAUCCAUUUCUUUAUCCGGAACCUCUAACCUUCAAUCCAUGGAGAUGGCUGGAUAAGAGCUUGGAGAGUCAGCAGUAUUUCUUGAUGUUCGGAGGAGGAAGCCGACUGUGUCCGGGGAAGGAGUUGGGGAUAGUGGAAAUUACGACAUUCCUUCACUACUUUGUGACGCGAUACAGAUGGGAAGAGGUUGGAGGAGACAAGUUACUGAAAUUUCCAAGAGUUGAAGCACCAAAUGGCCUGCAUAUUAGGGUUUGGGAUUACUGAAUGUAUAUGCACACCGCUCAACGUUGUAGCUUUACAGGAAUACCAUAGUACAUCAAUAAAUGAAAAUUCAUUUUUUUUCUUCCAA